AUGUCUGAACGCCAGAACAAUUUCUUCAAGGCAAAAUUGGCUGACCAGGCCGAUCGACACACAGACAUGACUGAGGCCAUGAAGAGCACCGUUUUGAUGGGCGAAGUGCUAACUGUGGAGGAGCGCAACAUGUUCUCGGCUUCAUACAAGAAUCGUAUUGGGAAGGUGCGUUCUUCGUGGCGCGUCCUUAACUCGAUCGAAAGGAAGGAGACGGGCGUCGCGUCUGAGCAGUCGCUGUGCUCUUACAAUGGAGCCGGGGAAUUGGGAAAGGAAUUGGCUCUAACACACCCUAUUCGCUUGGGUGUGGCACUGAACUUAUCGGUUUGCUACUACGAGACUAUGCGAUUUAUCGAGAAGGCCGUCGACUUGGCAAAGCCCGCUUUGGAUGAUGCCAUUGCAGAACUGGAUAAGCUGAACGAAGAAAGCUACAGAGACUCCACACUCUGGACGUCUGCCUUGCAGCAAGAAGAAGACACCGCAGAUGGUGUUGAGCCUGAGAACCAGAACCAGGAGGGAGACCUGGAUGAAAUGGAUAAAUAUUAAUCUAAGUAGUCCUGCACACGGUUCUUGAACACUACACUUUCGGACUCAAUUCUUUGUAAGCAACAAAAAAAAAUUAUGUGACAAAGUCACAUAACGGACGCGUAUCGACCGCUAUGCAAAUAGAAGUUGAUGGUGAGUCUAGGGAUAACAAAAACACGGCAUCAUACGUACAAGAAGAAAAACCACAACAGUGUUCAAAAAUCGCUGAAACAUUAACAUUAAUUCCUUUGCCAAUUCCCCGGCUCCAUUUUAAGAGCACAGCGACUGCUUCGACGCCUGCUUGAAGUCCGCGCCGUUGGGGGAUCACCCCCAGAUGCUCCACGCUAACGACGCCCGUCUCCUUCCAUUCGAUCGAAUUAAGGACGCGCCACGAAGAACGCACCUUCCCAAUAUGAUUCUUGUAUGCAGCCGAGAACAUGUUGCGCUCCUCCACAGUUAGCACUUCGCCUAUCAAAACGGUGCUCUUCAUGGCCUCAGGCAUGUCUGUGUGUCGAUCGGCCUGGUCAGCCAAUUUUGCCUUGAAGAAAUUGUUCUGGCGUUCAGACAUUGUUGUAAAAUAUUUCACACAAAAAUUCACACGAAA